AUGUCUCCUAUUGUCGUCCUCAUCACCGGUGCCAAUCGCGGUAUUGGAAGAGGCCUCUUAGAGUGCUACAUAGCCAAGCCAAACCAUACAGUUAUUGCCGCAAACCGCGACCCCAAGCACGCAACUUCGACGGAACUGCUAGCUCUCCCAACAGCGGAGGGUACAACUGUCAAAGUGGUAAAGCUAGAUGUAACCUCCGAAACAGAUGGGGAUGAUGCAGCUCGUGAGCUCAAAGAGCAGGAAAUUAAUCACAUCGAUAUCCUCAUCGCCAAUGCCGCAAUCGGUUACGUGUUUCCUAAGCUUGAACUAGCACGAUUGGACGACAUCAGGACACAUUUCGAGACAAAUGUGAUUGGAUUCGCCCGUAUGUAUCAGGCUUUUUUCCCUUUCUUGCAGGCGGCAAGGGACCGCCACCCCAAGCUGGUGACAAUUGGUUCGAGUGCGGCAUUUUUUAAGGUAUUCUUUCCUUCACUGUGA